GCUUUCACGGGCAUAUCUGACAAACAGCUCCACACCAAGCGACCCAGAGGCCCUUCCUGAGGCUGGGAUGAGACAGGAUGUCAGUGCACAGAAGGGAGAAGCAGAUGACAAUGAUGCCGAGUCUGGGAAGCAAGAAUCCGAUGAGCCAGACACGACGGACAGCGAGGAGAAGUAUGAAGAUGAGGUCCUACAAGAAUCUGAGGCUGACGGGAAAUACUUCUGCACCAAAGACAAAGUUCAUGUUCAGCAAAGGAAGAGAAAAAGAGGACAGGAUCCCUGGAUGAAAGGAUCUAAGAAGUCAAUGAGAGGAAAAAAGAAAAUCAAAGUGGAGCAAUGCCCAGUGGGGAUCACAAAGGAACUGGAGAAUUGCUCAGCUUCCCAUACUGAUCCCUCCAAUGAGAGUUAACAGCAGGGCAGGAUGGAGCAACUACAGACCAAAGGAGAGGGCUCAGAGACCUCAGAAUCCCACCCAUGCUGGGAGAGCAGGCAGUGGGGAAUUCAUAAGGACUCGUUUAUGAGCAGAGCACCCUGAAACUCCUCACUCAGCUACAGGAGAGGCUGGGCAAGGAUGAGCCGUGCAGGUGCCACCUGGAGCAGCCAGGUCACUGCUGGUGGAGCCCCACGGUCGGUGACCCCAGCCCUGUGCCAGAGCAGACCCUCAGACUGGAGCUAGGAAGAGGAGAUGUCUCUUUGUAACCCUCGCCCUGCAUCAGAGCCAUGUUCUUCCCUGGGAUUUGGAGCUUGGAGAACAGACUAGAGACCCCUCUCCUCAUGAAGGAUGUCCCAGUGGCUGGCUGAGGGGUGGUGACCAAAUCAAACACUGCAGAGUCCCAUGCACAAACCUGCUUCAAUUAAAUCCCUGCCCAGGUUUCAUA